CUCAUGGGCUUCUCAGAAAUGCGACACGCGUCCUCGACACCUAAGGCGGUCGUGGCUUACCUUCACAAUGGCGUAUUCCGCGCUUCGGCUAUCAACGGAUUCGCGGCCGUCUCAUUUGCGCGCAUUCCUCGUCGCACGCUCCUGCAUCCCCCCUCUCGAAUCUCGAGAAUUCCACCACCCCUACCGCCUGGCCAGCGUCUGUGAUCGCCCAGACAUACCCUAUCCCGCCGCAGCAAGCGCGCUGUUCCUUCCUGUCGCGCAGCUGGAUAGCGUCGUAUUCCACUCGGCCUUAGAUCCUUUCCCCGGUUCGUCUCGCUUCUAACGCUUUAAUCCUCAAGCUAGCAGCGCCGCCAUGUCAGGAGCAUCGCUUGCCGCAGAUGUGAUCACAUCGGAGCCGUACUGGAGGGGACGUCCCGUGAGCGUUCCCCCAGGGGGAACGGCUUACGACGACGAGAGUCCGCGCAGCCGUCGCAGCAGCGGCGGCGGCAGCAGCCGCCGAUGGCGCUCGCCCGGAAGCUGGGAGGCUCCGCUUCACUCCAUGAGCCCCAAGUCCCAGAAGCAGGGACAGCAGGCGUCGCCGUCGCACGAUCAGCAGCAGCAGCAGCAGCGGUCACAGCAUGAAGGUCAUGGCCAUGGCCCGUCGCAGGAGCAUGGUGGAGGAUACAGCAUGAAUUCGGUCACAGCAACCUCGUUCAUGGGGUCUCUGAGCUUCGUACAAGUUCAAAUGAUGGCGUUCAUAGUGGUCUUCACCAGCAGUGGUCUCGUACCUCUCGAGGAGAUCUUCUUCGUCGUUUUCCUAACGCUCUACUCGCUCAUCCUCGCCACGUGGGCCUUCCCCCCGGUUUCCCGCUCAGCUCCCCCUAAAGUCUUCAGCGGAAACAGGCUGUUCAAAGUCCACGUGACUGCUGGGGCUGUAAUUGGCAUGUUCCUGCCACUUUCCUACGUUCUGGGAGGAUUUGCCAAGAAUGAUCAUAUGGCAGUGGAGUGCGUGACCCCUCAUCUCUUCCUCCUCUCCUGUCAAGUCCUCACAGAGAAUAUCAUCGUUGAUCUUACCUAUGUCUCGCUUCCAGUCCGCGCUCUCAUCCCAAUCAUGUACAACUGGCAUCGCCUUUCCUUGCUGGCAGAGUGGAACCGCCGCCUCCUUCAGGUGGCUGCAGCAGCCACUUCAGCUGCCAGUGUUCAAGCAUCUGCCAAUUCACACCCUGCAAGUGGACCAACUGGUGCAAGCAGUGGUGUGAUCAUCAGGACGGCGCUAGUUGGCGGGGGGUAUUGGCAGUUGUUUGGAAGGUACUUGGCUGUCGCCAAUCUUGUGUACUGGAGCCUGAAUCUGUUUGGGUUUCUGCUCCCAGUGUUCCUACCCCGUGCCUUCAAGCGGCACUUCGAAAUGGAAGCUGCAGCCGCAACUGCCGUUCCACCUGCUGGUCUUUCUUCAAAGGAGAAAGAGAAGAAAGCUCAUUAAGCUCUGCCUUACAGUGGGGUCUUACUGUACGAGUUUUGUAGGCAUCCUAUUUGUAAUGUUCGCUUCGUUCCUUAUUGCCCUUGGAUUCUAGUGGUCUGAAAACUCUUAGUGGAUCCUUCG